GCGUACAUAACGAUCUUUGUAAUAUCCCUAUUAGGCAAUUCUGUGGGUCUGCAGGUUGUGGUGAGUGCCAAAACAUCUUCGAAACGAAUCACUUAUCUGCUGAUCAAGAACUUAGCAGUUGCUGACUUAAUUCUAACCCUGACAGUGAUGCCUUACUCUGUGUUGCUCAUGUAUUUCGAUCGCUGGUUCGGUGGAUUAAUGGGAACUAUCACGUGUAAACUGUUUUGCUAUGCCAUACUUGUCUCCAUCGCCGCUUCUGUGAUAACAUUGACUAUUAUCUCCAUCGAUCGCUUCUUUGCUAUCUAUUACCCGCUAAAACUAACCCUCUUCCAUAAACAUAAGACGAUCACAAUGAUAAUAUGGUCCGUCUCUUUACUCGCUGGUUCGCCAUACUUAUUGUUGUACCAAGUUGAGAAAUUCCGCGAUCAUUAUGUUUGCCUCCCCGAUUGGCCAUGGUCCAAGAACAUCAUAGAAACAUAUCUCGUCAUGAGAGCUUUUCACAUUUUUGGCUUUAUUGUCUUUUAUGCACUUCCACUGCUAACCCGGGGGUACUCAUAG